AUGCGAACAUUUGGGUGUCAGACAUACAUACUGACGCCUAAAGAGAAUCGACUCAAGUGGGAUCCAAAGGCUCGCGCUGGCAUAUUCGUGGUCUACGAAGAAGUUUCGAAGGCAUAUCGUGUUUAUGACAUCGAGGCGGGGCAGGUGGUUAUCAGCCGCGAUGUCAACUUCGACGAGUCCACCUUUGGACUUCAACUGCCGAUCACUGAUGAAGAUGUCGAUGACCUGGACUUCGAAUUGCUGGAUCUUGAUGACGAAGAGCUGCGUCAAAUGGAGUACAAGCAAACAGGCAAGCGCAAGAACCGACUCAAUGAUGAAGAUACAGCAGCUCCACGACCGCGUGCAGUGCGUCAACGACCAGGACUAGAAGAGUCAAGCGCGCCGGAAAACAACUCGUCACGACAAGAAGAAGACGAAGAAACGAAGGAUUCUGAUGAUUCAACACCGCCUGUGUUUUGGCGUGCGAGUGCAAAUGCCGUUGAAGCAGCAGUGGACUUAUCAGAACCCUCAACAUUUGAAGCAGCAGUAAGCGGCCCUGACCAAGUGCACUGGAGAAAAGCAAUUCAUGCAGAGCUCGAUUCGAUGAAGCUUCGCGGUGUCUUUCGUGCGGCCAAGUUACCCAACGGACAACGCGCCAUUGGCACAAAAUGGGUGUUCAAGAUCAAGCGCAAGGCGGAUGGGUCAAUCGAGAAGUACAAGGCACGACUUGUGGCCAAGGGUUUCCGCCAAAAGUAUGGCAUCGACUACACGGAGACGUUUUCGCCUGUGGUCAAGUACGUGACGCUGCGAAUGGUGGUUGCAAUCACGAAGUACUUUGACUGGACACUGGACCAACUGGACGUGGUGACAGCUUUCCUAUACGGAGAAAUGAAGAGCAGGUAUUCUGCGCGAUUCCUGAAGGCGUCGAACUUGACACAAGCGUCGCGAGUGUGGAACGAGACGUUCGACGAGUAUGUGUGCUCCAUCGGAUUUCAAGUAUCGGACUUCGACCCAUGUCUCUACAUCAAGACUUCGGACGGCCAUUGCGUGUUUAUACUGGUCUACGUGGACGACGUCUUGGUGACUGGAAGCUCACUCGAGCUGAUUGCACAAACCAAGAACGACCUGAAGACGCGGUUCGAAAUGACGGACAGCGGCAAGUGUGCAUUUGUUCUUGGGAUCGAGCUUUUGGACGGUGAAGAUGGCAGUGUGACACUAUGUCAGCGUCGGUAUGUCGAUGAUAUCCUCAAGCGCUUUGGCAUGGAUGAUUGCAAGGCAGUCGCAAGUCCAGUCGACAUGAGCUCUCGACUUGUUUCAAGUGAUGCAACUACCAAGGUCGAUGCUCCUUUUCGCGAAGCUGUUGGUGCGUUGAUGCACCUGACCACUGCAACGCGUCCGGACAUUGCGUUUGCUGUGGGCUAUGUGUCGCGGUUCAUGGAAAAUCCCCAAGAAGAACACUGGGUUGCAGUUAAGCGUAUCUUUCGCUACCUACAAGGCACCAAGACGCAUGGAAUUUGCUACAAGCCAAGUGCAAGGAUCGACUUCCGUGGAUAUUCGGAUGCGGAUUGGGCUGGUGAUCUUACCGACCGCAAGUCAACAUCGGGGUACACGUUCAUGCUACUCGGUGCGCCAGUCAGUUGGGGCAGCAAGAAGCAGCCAAGUGUUUCGUUGUCCACGAGUGAAGCCGAAUACAUCGCACUCAGCUUGGCGAUUCAAGAGGGCAAGUGGAUUCAUCGUCUGCUUUGUGAGAUCGUGAUGGCUGCCAAUGAAGAAGGACCGGAACUCAUGAUCCAUGAAGACAAUCAGUCGUGUAUCAAGAUGACGAAGAACCCAGUCAACCACGGCCGUGCCAAGCACAUUGAUAUCAAGUACCAUCACAUCCGUGAUGAGGUCAAGCGCGGUGAAGUGAAGCUCAAGUACUGUGAAACUGCGGUGAUGUUAGCGGACAUCAUGACGAAGGGACUUCACGGGCCACGCCACAAGGAGAUGACGGCGACUCUCGGGAUUCGUGAGCAUUCGGAUUGA